GCAUUCCAUUAACCAUUCCUCUCGCGGGACUGUCCCAGCGGAAACAUCGCGAAGUUUCCUCCUAUUUAGUAUUUUAGUGGCAUCAGACAGCCAGCAGCGAACGUUGGAGGCAAGUCCAAGAAAGGGGGAGACUCCUGGUUAACUUCCUGCACUAUAAUCUAGAAGCACUACCGAGAGACAGAGAGAGAACCAGGGAGGCUGCCGCCGCCGCUGGGGCAAAGACGAAUGGAUAUACUCCUCACUUGACUUCUUUUUCAUCAGUGAAUCGACGAAAAAAAACACUUUGCGUUGGUUGUGCUCAUCUACCUGGCUAGUAGUUAGCUAGCAGCGAGGCUGCUGGACGACAGUAUCCCAGCUUUUGAUAGCGAAGCGCCGAGAAGGAUAGGAAUGGAGGUUGUGGUGGAGUUUGAUUACGUAGCGCUCCAUGAUGACGAGCUGACUCUGCGACUGGGCGACAUCAUCAAGAAUGUGCGCUACAUUGAGGAGGACGGCUGGAUGGAGGGGGAUCUCAACGGGAAGAGGGGCCUUUUUCCCGACAACUUUGUUAAGGAACUGAAAAAGGACCCUAAAGAUGGCAGUCAAACAACAGACGAGCCAAAGGACGCUCAGCCGCAGAAGAGAGAGAAGGUGGGGAAUGUGGCCGGCCUGGUUCAGAGGAUAAGCGUACUCGGCAUCCCGACCGGUGCCUUCCAGCCCCCAGUGCCCCCAGCUUCAAAGAAGCCUAAGAAGAGACAGUGCAAGGUGCUGUACGAAUAUCAACCGCAGAACGAAGAUGAGCUGGAGCUGAAAGUCGGAGACAUCGUAGACAUAAAUGAAGAGGUAGAAGAGGGCUGGUGGAACGGCACGUCGAACGGCAAAUCGGGCCUGUUUCCCUCGAACUUUGUCAAGGAGCUGGAUCCCAUGGGAGACGUCGGAGAGUCCAAUGACGCCCGAGCAGAUGAGACUGAUGGAAGUGGAGUGGACAGCGCUGGUACACCCGUCUCACCGCUGCCCCCUUCAGGGAACGGAGUUAUUGCUCAGCCCAAGAAGAUCAAAGGAAUUGGCUUUGGAGACAUUUUCAAAGAUGCUUCUUACAAAAAAAAGCCCCCGGUGCAAACCCCCGACAAAGAGGAGAAGAAUGAGAACCCAAUCCCAUCAAUACCCCCUGCUGCAAAGCCCGCCCUUCCCAACACGACAGAUUCACAGAAAGUGGUCGGAGACAGCAAAUCCAAAGCUAAAGAGUACUGUAAGGUGGCGUUUACUUACAAAGCCACGAACGAGGACGAGCUCACCCUGAACGAAGGCGACAUCGUCCAUAUACUGAGCAAGGACACAGGAGAACCAGGCUGGUGGCGCGGUGAAGUUGGAGGCGAAGAAGGCGUCUUCCCUGACAACUUUGUGGUCAUGAUUUCUGAAGCAGAGAAAGAGGCUCCUGUAUCAAGAGGGUCCUUGAAAUCAUCACCAAAGCCAGAAUCAGAAGAGAAACCGAAAAAACCACCUCCACCAUCGAAAAGUGCAGCUCUUAAGCCGGAGAUCCCGAGUGCUGACAAGAAGCCUCAUCUCACCAGGCCAGAGGACAGAGUUGACAAGCCCACACCAGAUCUUAAACCUAAACCUGCUGCGCCUGUAGUCCCACCCAAGAAGCCGGUCCCCCCUCCAGGGAAAGGCAGGCCAGGAACGAUCCCACCAAAGAGGCCCGACAAGCCUCUUGCUCCCUCACCCAGCAUCAAGCACAAUGGAGAGGUGCCUUCCACGCGACCAAAGUCUGAGUCCGAGCCAUUAUUUCCCACCAAACUGGCACCGCUGCCUGCUGGAGACUCUGGGGAGAAGUCAGAUGCUGGUAUGUCCCAUACAUAUCUGAUGACUUUUGAUGACUUGUCGUCUACCUCGGAGAAACUCUCUCACCUCACUACUAACAGACCAAAGAUGCCUGGCAGAAGGCUGCCCACACAGUUCGGUGGAGGACAUUCGCCCAACAAGGAAGUGAGCGUGGAGAAAUCCUUUAAGAUCGAUGAAGAAGACGCUGCCAAACCAAAGCUAACAGAAGCCGUAAAGCCUUCCACCUUUUCCCAGUCACCAUUGCUCCACAAGCCUGCCGAGGCCAAGCCAGCCCCCACGGCGACACCGAGCUCAGACGCCGGAGCCUCCGUGAGCAGCAAGGCCAGAGUGGAGCCCGAAGAGCCGAGCUUCCAGCUGGAGGAACUGAGGAGCCAGAUGAAGGAGCUGCAGCUUACAGUGGAUCUGAUCAAGUCCCAGCAAAUUUCCAGGAAAGAAAUAGCGGAGCUUCGGGGAGAGCUGGAUGAAGAACGGCAAAAGCGUGUGUCCCUGCAGAUGGAGAUCGAGAAGCUAAAGCGAACCAUCCACUCGACGUGAAGACCCUCAAUCUAACCAACAGCAGUCCUCGUGGUCAGCUGCUGGCUCUGCCUGUCGACCAAUAAGAGAGCAGGAGGGCAGUGACGGACGGAUAGUUGAAUGGAUGGAGAGAGGGUGGAGAAUCACAUCAACCACCUGAAGCACAAUCCUUUUUCAGUGAUCUACAAAGAAGAAAACAAUCUCUUCCCAUAUUUGUAAGACAUUUUGCACAUACAGUUUUUUUUUUUUCAAACUAGGUGUAAUUAAAUUAGUGUAUAUGGUUUUCUUUUUUUUCCCCCAUCUUGCCAACAAACACACCCCCGUACACACAAAACAAAACUAAGGCCUUACUUCAAACUACUGUGCUGGACUCAGCUCUGCCGCUCCGGCUCUCUCCUCUUCACUCCGGCGUUCCUUGAACUCCUCAGGGAUGCUCUCAGUACUACUGACUUUGUGUAAAGCAGCGGGUGCUUGUUUUCCUCGCCUAUUUCUUUUUUUAUAUAUGAUGCACAAAAUUAAUUUUAAAAUGAUUUGAUUAUUUGAGUUAUCCUCUUCAGAUUGAAAUUUUUGUUUGUUUUUUUUUUCCUUUCCUGCGCGGCGCCUGUCAGCACAGUGCUGCCGCAGCGCUGCAGAGCAAACUCUCGCUUUUCUUUUUUUUGUCAUUUAUAUGUUUUCUAGCAUUCCUAUCCAGGGUAACACUACUGUGCCUGCUUAAAGAGAAAAACAAAAAAAAUUCUAUUAAAUGUUUGUAAUGGGAUCUGGAAUAUGUGCAGCAUGAUAUUGUAUAUCUAUAUUUUUAAAUCUACUGACCUGCCUAGUCAAAUAUUAUAUAGAGGGCCUCUUCUAUGCUGGUCUCUUCUAUUUUUGUCAGACUGUUUUCACCUACUGGGAAUGUUCUCAGAAGCUCAGCCAGAGUCACAACAUGCAGGGGAAGAGUGAGGAAGGAGGGACUGCAAUCUUCCAAAAAGGCAACGAUCAUCUCUGCAACAAUCCCCCCCCACACAUCCCGCAUCCCCUUCCUUUCUGCCCCCUCCCCUCCUUCCUCUCAUUUAUCUUUGAUUCAUGCUGAAUCGUGUGAUGU